AUUUACAGACAAGCAUGAAACGUGUACUGGCUGGGUUUUAUUGUCAUGCAGUGAAUGGUCAUGAGUAAACAGGCAAAAAAAGGCUUUAAACAGCAUUUCUUUUAGGAGUUCAGAGUAAAGUCAGCUUUGCUACUCAGUAUUUGUAUUUUCCCUCCUCCGAUUUAGCCUCUCUCCCUCUUGUACUUAAGUGAUGGAUGUCCAUUCCUCCCAUUCCUUUCUGUUCUCCCCGCUUUCUAGGAGAAAAAGACGUGAUCAUCCUCGGAGAUUUUAACCAGGCCCCGGACAGCAGCGACCACGACAUCCUGAGGAAGGAGAAGUUCCAUCACCUGGUCCCUUCCAGCACCUUCACCAACAUCAGCACGAAGAACCCGCAAGGGUCCAAGUCGCUGGAUAACAUCUGGAUCAGUCGGAGCCUGAAAAAGGUUUUCACAGGCCACUGGGCUGUGGUGCGAGAAGGUCUCACAAACCCGUGGAUCCCCGAUAACUGGUCGUGGGGUGGGGUGGCUUCGGACCACUGCCCCGUGCUCGCUGAAUUUUACCUGGAAAAGGACUGGAACAGGAAGGAGGUGACGCGGAACGGGAAUGGGGUGACGGUUGAACGCAACGACUCCCACGCUAAGCACGAACGAUGA